UAGCGAAUAAUUGACUUUGCGCCAUGGAGAUCCGGGGUUUGGCAUUCUUGCUUUUCCUCUGGGUCAUAUGGACGCUAUCGGGCCUCUGUGCCCUGAUUGCCUUGACUGUCAUCCCAGGCCAUGUAAAAUAUCCUUACAUCAGUGACACGGGACGAGCAUUCCCCGAAUCGGUGGUCUUUACAGUGGUCUUCUUAAUAUCUGCCAUUCUAGGAGCUGGCAACGCUUCCAUCAUGUACCGGUUCAUGAUCAUCCGGUCUGAACAAUCAGAGAGGCGACAUAUCAUCUGCCAGAGAAUCCUCUAUGUCGUUGCAUGGAUUGGCUGCAUUGGGACCAUUGUGACCGCCAUAGUUUCGGAUGUCCAUAUUGAUGACAUUUAUUCCUCUGCUUUUGUUCUAGAUGAGGAUGAGUCCUACAGUCCACAGGAUCGGCGCCGGACCGGCAUUUGUCUUUUGUGCCGUUUAUAA